CCGGAGUGCCACAAGCGUCUGAAGGGACAGUGUCAGUCAGCUACAUACCCAUCUUGUCCUCUGCCCCCACCAUCAUCUCACCGACAAUCACCUUAAGAUGGCCCUCGAAGUCUCAGAACCCUCAGAAAUGCCCGCGUCGAGCUCCUCGCAGACGCUUUACGACAAGGAGGCGAAGGAGCCAACAAAGCCCUCGAAAUCAUUGGAGUCGACACGAUCUAUGAGCUUCCCUAGAAUACGGAAACCCUCGAAGGCUGCGCGGGCCAAGUACACGCUUACGGAGACGCAGAAGGAGAUGUACGCGGCGGAGAAGUUGAUGAACUUCCGGUGGAUCGCGAAGACGGUGGCUACGACUAGCCCGUAUGUCUUGCAAGCGCAGGACAUGGUACCGCAGGAUAUUGUGGAGGAAUUAUCACUGCUAGGCCAAUUCGCCGAAACCGUCUACGUCUGCAACAGCGCCAAACCCUUCGAGAACUUCCUCUUUGCCCACCUCCGCGAGCUCACCCGCCCUGGCUUCCCCUUCGACUGCUACACCGCGCUCCUCGAUUCCACCCUCGUGUCCUCGUUCCAUGGGACCGUCGCACGACUGCCAGCCACCAUUUUCCUUCAUCGGCCGACGAACCGGCUGAUCAUGUCGAUCUCGGGAACAUCGACGCUACAGCACGCGUAUUACGACGUGAAGACGCUGAAGCACCGGCACCCUUCGCGGCGUGGGCAGACGCACGAGGGGUUCUGGCGCCUGUACAAGGGGCUGAGGUCACGUGCGUUUGACGCGCUCAAGGACGCGCUCGCAAAGUUCCCCGACGUGGGAGAACUGGUCGUGACUGGGCACUCAAUGGGGGGUGUGGUCAGUCAGCUGCUGAUGCUUGACCUGUUGGCGGACCAGUCUGUGUUGCCGGAUCCGGACAUACGCUUGAAGAUCUGCGCUUUCGGGUCACCAAGGCCAGGGGACGCGGCGCUUGCUCAGUACUGGAAAGAACUUGUGAAGGCGCGGCGGCUCGCGCACGGCGAGGAUUCGUUCACGGAGUACUUUGUAAAGGCGUUCAAUGACGGCGUUCCCGCCCUCCCAUCUCUCGCCUUCGGCUUUCGCCACUUCACCCAGACACCCUUCUACCUCACCGACGACCACCUUUACCGCGUGCCCGAAUCCGAGGCCGAAUGCACCUUGUUCGACGUUCAAGAACGCGCUACCGAUCCCACCUACCCGAAAGGCGGCCACAAUUACUACAACGGGCGGCCGAUUGAGAGGUUCUUCAAGCGCAUCAACUGGUUGGAGAAGGCGAAGCCGGGGGUGGAGGGGUGGGAGGAGAGGUAUAGGAAGCAUGCGGGGAGGCAUGAGAGGUGGAAUGAGAGGGGGGCGACGGUGUGACAAUAUGUUGGUGGGAGGCAGGGUGAUCGGUGUGGGGCGAUGUUACGAGCAAUGCGUGAGAGCAGGUAUCUAUUCCGACUUCAUCUACAGCCGUACGUUAUAUCCUAUUUAUCGCGGCAAGACGCUCACUUGUAUAUGACUUUGUACACUCGUUUCCUAGCAUGGUUUCGUAUAUAGAGCUACUGUACAUUCUUUUCGGUCCCAAUCGAAUUCGUGAUCCCUUCGUUUGAGAGGUGUGCAUGCCUUCUGGUCAAGUCGCUUCGGGCUCUUGGAGGACACCCGCA